AUGCGAAUCAAAUUUCACAUAAUCUUUUCUCUCGCCUUAUUCUUGACAAAAUUCGAAUGUUCGUUUGCUGACGAAAUUUCUCGAAAAUUCUACAAAACUUGGAUUUCGGCGGUGGAAAAUGAGAAUUCUGACAGAAUUCGAGAAUUGAUUGGUGCGAAAUUUGAGACGAAUUUGGAAAAAGGUGGGAAACUAGGAAAACGCGGGAAAAAUAUAAAUUUUUUGGAAUAAAAACAGCGAAAAAUAGCGACAAACCGAAAAAAAAAACAAAAUAUUCAAAAAAAAAAGUUUGGCGGGAAACGCGAAAAACAACACUCACAAUGACAGCGCAACCGUCACUUAGCGGAGUGUCGUUGUUUUUUUUUUGAAUUUUGAAAUUUUCAUGUCAUAUUUUUAUUUUUCUAUUAGUUUUGAGUAGUUUUGAGCGGGAGAAAUUUUGAUAGUUUUUUUUAAAGAAAAUUUAGAAAAAGCUAGCGUGUUUCUUUAAAUGCCGUAACACUUUCAAUCGAUUUUUCAAAAUGUUUUGGGAUUUCAGACAAACUUCUCGAAAAACUGGUGCAAAAAUACAAAAGCAUCAAAUUCAAAGAGGAUGAGAAUGCGAUUUUCACAAUGGAUCUCAAAUAUUUCGAUGGUUCUGAAGUGAAGUUGAAAGGCGAAAACGUUGGUGGCAAAAUUGAAAUUCGAAAAAUUGUUGGUGACGCUGUGAAAAAUGACGGUUUUCUAAAAUUCGAAAGGGAUUUCGAUAAAGCGAUCAAAGGGAAAAAUCGAAAAAUUCUGGAAUUUUUGAUUAUUGGACCAAAUGGCGGGCAGAAAGGUUAGUGAAGUUUUAGCUAAAUUAUAUGAGUAACCUAGUAUUUACAGCGUUGUUCAUCAAUUGGUUGAUCUCCCAGAAAUCCCUGAAAAUAACCAGAAUCCGAAGCGAUCGCAGAAAAUAUCGAAUAAAGUCUGGCCCAACAUUUUUCAUAAUUUUCGUUGAAAAAGUUGAACAAUUCUACAAAAAUCACAAGAAUUGA